AUGGAGGCUCCGUCUACGAUCAAGGCUAUCAAGGCCCGCAUGAUCAUCGAUUCCCGUGGGACCCCCACGACGGAGGUCGAGCUCACCACCCAGCUGGGCGUGUUCCGCGCUGCGUGCCCCUCUGGAGCAUCUACAGGGAUGCACGAGGCUCUCGAGCUCCGAGACAAGGACCCGAGCGCCUUCCGGGGCAAGGGGGUUGAGCAGGCUCUCGAGAAUAUCAGGAAGAUCAUUGCUCCCGCGCUGAUAGGCAUGCCUGUCCGUGACCAGCGUGCGAUAGACGAGAAGCUCCAGGAGCUGGAUGGGACCGCGGGUAAGACCUUCAGUAUCCUCGGGGCGAAUGCUGUGCUGCCCGUCUCGAUGGCUUGCUGCCUUGCCGCAGCACGCGAGGAGCACAUCAGCCUUUAUCAGUAUCUUAACAGGCUUGCCAACAGCAACAGCAGCAACGUAACAGGCGCUAGGGAUGUGAGGCUUCCGGUUCCCUGCAUGAACAUCAUCAAUGGUGGGAAGCACGCUGGCAACAAGCUUGGGCCCCAGGAGUACAUGAUAGCUCCCACAAAGGCGAAGAACUUCAUGCAGGCCAUGCAGAUGGGUUGCGAGGUCUACUCAAAGCUUAAGGAGAUCCUCAAGGACGAGUUUGGGCUUGCGGCGACCGCCGUCGGUGACGAGGGCGGCUUUGCUCCCAACGUUGCUGAUCCAGAGGUUCCUCUCAAGUACAUCACAAAGGCCAUCGACGCGUGCGGGUACAACGGCCUCAUGGGCAUCUGCAUUGAUGCCGCGGCAUCGGAGUUCUAUUCCAAGAACGAGAACGUCUAUGAUUUGAACUUCAAGGAUCCCGAGAACCCCAACAAGGUCAGCGGCGCUGAGCUCGCAAACAUCUACCUUGGCUGGUGCAGACGCUACCCAAUCGUCUCUUUUGAGGACCCGUUCGAUGAGGAGGAUCAUACCACGUUUGCAAACUUCCUCGCUGCGCUCAGGCAGGAAGGUCUUCCGACACAGGUUGUCGGUGAUGACUUGACUGUUUCGCAGGUGUCACACAUCCAGAAGGCCGAAACGUACAAAUCUUGUAGCGCCCUGCUCCUCAAGAUCAAUCAGGUCGGAACUAUCACUGGUGCGAUUGAUGCUGCGAAUCUUGCGAUGUCUUAUGGCUGGAGCGUCAUGGUCUCACAUCGCUCUGGUGAAACGGAGGACGUGUUCAUUGCCCAUCUGGCGACGGCUCUCGGGUGUGGCCAGAUCAAGUCUGGCGCUCCGAGCCGCUCUGAGCGCUGCGCUAAGUACAAUGAGCUUCUUCGCAUUGAGGAUAGCACCAAGAUACCUUAUGGUUUCGAGGCCUGGAAGUGA